AUGGCUCCUCCCAAGUCUGCUCACGAGUUCAUUGAUUUUUUGAACGCCUCGCCUACCCCCUACCAUGCUGUUGCCGAGGCUGCUGCCCGCCUCGAGACUGCAGGUUUCAAGGGUAUCAAAGAACGUGACAAUUGGGGCUCGGAGCUACUCCCCGGUGGCAAGUACUACCUGACCCGCAACGCCUCGUCCAUCGUGGCCUUCGCCGUCGGCAAGAAAUGGGCACCUGGCAACCCCAUCGGCAUGGUCGGGGCGCACACCGACUCGCCCUGCCUGCGCAUCAAGCCCGUGAGCAAGAAGACCAACGCCGGCUUCCUUCAGGUUGGCGUCGAGACCUACGGCGGUGGCAUCUGGCACACCUGGUUCGACCGUGACCUCUCCACUGCCGGCCGUGUGCUGGUCAAGGACGCCCAGGGCAACUUUGUGCAGAAGCUUAUCAAGGUUGACAAGCCCAUCCUGCGCAUCCCUACCCUGGCCAUCCAUCUUCACAGGCAGAGCAACUUUGACCCCAACAAGGAGACCGAGCUGUUCCCCAUCUGUGGCCUCGCCGAGGCGGAGCUCAACCGGUCCGGCAAGCCCCCUGCGGAUGCCAAGAAGGACGGCGACGAAUCCGCCGAGGCUGAGGGCGAGGAUGCUGAGUUCCAACCCCUUAAGGCCAUGACACAACGACACCACCCGUACCUGCUGGACGUCAUUGCACAGCACGCCGGCGUCGAUGCCGAUGCCAUCGUCGACUUCGAGCUGGUCCUCUACGACACGCAGAAGUCGUGCCUCGGUGGCCUCAACGACGAGUUCAUCUUCUCGCCGCGCCUGGACAACCUCGGCAUGACCUAUUGCAGCGUCAUGGGCCUGAUCGCGUCCGUCCAAGAUGAGAAGAGCCUAGACGAUGAGUCCAGCAUCCGCCUGAUUGCGUGUUUCGACCACGAGGAGAUCGGUUCCCUCACAGCGCAAGGUGCCAACUCCAACAUGCUGCCGGCCGUCCUCCGCCGCCUGUCGGUCCUGCCAGCGGGUCGUUUCCAUGAGGCCCCAGCUUCUGAAAAGUCGUACGAGCAUGUACAUUCCGAUGACAUUGCCACCGCGUUCGAGCAGACUCUGUCAACGUCAUUCUUCGUGUCUGCGGACAUGGCGCAUAGCGUCAACCCCAACUAUCAGCAGAAAUACGAAUCGAACCACCAGCCUGAGAUGAAUAAGGGGAUUGUCAUAAAGAUCAACGCAAACCAGCGCUACGCCACCAACUCCCCUGGUAUCGUCCUCUUGCAAGAAGUCGCAAAGAAGGCCGGCGUGCCGCUGCAACUGUUUGUCGUCCGCAACGACUCGGCUUGCGGCAGCACCAUUGGGCCAAUGCUGUCCGCAAAAAUGGGUGUACGCACGAUCGACGUUGGAAACCCGCAGCUCAGCAUGCAUUCUAUCCGUGAGACGGGUGGCUCGUACGAUGUUGAGCAUGGCAUCAAGCUAUUUGAGGCUUUCUUGUCCAACUACGCGGAUCUGGAGUCAAAAAUCUUGGUGGACUAA